GAGUUGUGAACGAGGUGGAGAUCUUUGCAGACUGCAGCUGCAGCAAGAACGAGUUUAACGAGCUGCUUGAGUUCCUCAAAGAUCACGUCAACAUCAUCUCCUUCAACACACCUGCACAUGUGUGGUCUGCUGAGAUGAAGACGAUGUCCCCUGGUUCCCGAUGAAGAUCUCCGAGCUGGAUCAGUGUUCUCACAGAGUGUUGAUGUACGGGUCCGAGCUGGACGCUGACCACCCUGGCUUUAAGGAUGAAGUUUACCGUCAGAGGAGGAAGUUCUUUGUGGAGGUGGCCAUGAAUUAUAAAUUCGGGCAGCCCAUCCCUCGCAUCGAGUACACCCCGGAGGAGGUGAGGACGUGGGGCGUCGUCUUCAGAGAGCUGACCCAGCUGUACCCGACACACGCCUGCAGAGAGUACCUGAAGAACCUGCCACUGCUCAGCAUGCACUGCGGCUACAGAGAGGACAACGUCCCCCAGCUGGAGGACGUGUCCCUGUUCCUCAAAGAGCGCUCUGGGUUCACAGUGCGUCCUGUGGCCGGGUACCUCUCCCCCAGAGACUUCCUCGCUGGUUUGGCCUACAGAGUGUUUAACUGCACUCAGUACGUCAGACACAGCACAGACCCUCUGUACACACCGGAGCCAGACACGUGUCAUGAGCUGCUCGGUCACGUUCCUCUGCUCGCUGAUCCAAAGUUCGCUCAGUUCUCUCAGGAGAUCGGUUUGGCCUCUCUGGGAGCUUCUGAUGAGGACGUUCAGAAACUGGCCACAUGUUAUUUCUUCACCAUUGAGUUUGGACUCUGCAAACAGGACGGUCAGCUGAGAGCUUACGGUGCCGGUCUACUGUCGUCUAUAGGAGAGCUGAGGCAUGCCCUUUCGGAGGCGGCCUGUGUGAGGAUGUUUGACCCGAGGACGACCUGCAGACAGGAGUGUCUCAUCACCACCUUCCAGGAUGUUUACUUCGUGUCGGAGAGCUUCGAGGAGGCCAAAGAGAAGAUGAGAGAGUUUGCGAAGAUGAUAAAGCGUCCGUUCUCCGUGUACUACAACCCGUACACUCAGAGCAUCGACCUGCUCAAAGACACCCGCGGCAUCGAGAACGUGGUGCAGGACCUGCGCAGCGACCUCAACACCGUGUGUGACGCUCUGGGGAAGAUGAACACCUACAUGGGCAUCUGAGCUCUGAUUGGUUCAAAACAUCCCUUCCUGAAACUCAUGUAAACACGUUUCCCUCCGUACAUGUUGAAGGUGUUGCUGUAUGAUGUUAUGAGGCUUUAUUAAAUGUUAGUAAAGCUUCACUAAUGCUUUAUUCUUCAGAUUGUGAAAAGAUGUUGUAAAUCCUUUUUUUUAUGAUAAUGUUAUAAAUGUUUAUGAUCAUUAAUAAAUGUGUAUGAUUAUUAAAUGUUU